AUGGCGCUUAGUGCACAAUGUCCUUUUACCGUAAAAUUACAUCUGCACUGCGAGACUCCAACGGCUGUAUUUCUUCUGCUCCAACAUGCCCGCGGAGGACUGCUAUGUGAUUACUUAACACCCUUAAAGAGAAGGCAGCAGCAACGAAGCAGCGUGACUAGCAAACGUCAGUGUUAUCUUCACAACCUAAGAGACACAAAAGUGAAUAAAGGAAUUAUAAAUCCCUGUCACUCAAGUAACUACGCAAGAGACAACCAAAAAGCAAAUAUAAUUUUAGUUGGUUCAAAGCAAGAAAAAGAAGGUUCUAAUGGCACAGCUUAUGCUGAUACUGAACGAUCAACGAUUCGUUGUCAGAAGAAAGAGGAUUUAAAGAUGUGGCAAGAAAGUGACAGUUUUUCCCUUGAUAAAAAAUACGGAGAAAAUAUUUCUGGAUCUUGUAAAAAACCUUCAACUUUCGCUUUGCUGGAUGAGUACUUUAGUUCGCCAAGUCAAAAAUCAAUAGAAUCGUAUGUUCGCGUUUGGAUGGCAGAAAUCAUCUUGGCCUUGGCACACCUACAUUCUAAUGGUAUAAUAUGCAGAGACCUGCAUUUGAGGAACAUAUUGAUCAGUGAUGAAGGUCAUGUUUUGUUGACACAUUUCAGUGUCUGGGAAGAUGUGAAUGAAGAAUCAGAUUUGUUUAUGUUAGAAGAGGAGUACUGUGCACCAGAAUUGUUUAGACUUGAAGGAGUCACGCCUGCUGCUGACUGGUGGAGUGUUGGUGCAUUGUUUUAUGAAAUACUAACUGGGCAGGCUUUAAGAAGAAAUCAUCCAUGCGGAAUACAAUCUCAUACAGAGAUAGAGACUGCAAGCAAUCUUUCAGCUGAGGCUUCAGCGCUUAUACGAGAGUUGCUUGUAGUUUCGCCAUCCGAAAGACUUGGUUCUGGAGUCAAUGGCUUAGAGGAUAUCAAAUCACAUCCCUUUUUCUCUAGUGUUGAUUGGUCUUCUUUAAAAUCUAAUGAUUACCAAAACUAAAUUAAUGACGUUUUUUGACAUUCACAUCCUUAUACAACUAGAAGCAUCUAGUAGUGACACUAAUGAGAGGCACAAAACUCAAGACCCGUACAACGUUCCAGCCCGUGCGUCGAUGGGAUGACAUUAAAUGUUCGUCUAACUCAGUUGGAUCCUCAAAAUGGGGCGUGAAGUUCAUGCGUCGGUCAGAUGGUAACACUGUAAAAACUGCCUGGUUGAAACAACCAAAAAACAUUGGAUAAAUUUUUCAACUGAGACAACCAGUUUUAAAUGGCUGAAAUAUUGGUUGUUAUUAACGAUUUACUUUGGGUUAUAACAACCAUAAUAAUAAUGGUGGGUUUGGUUGGUAUGGGUCUAUCAGUACUGUUUUGGCCCCCUCAAUUACGCAAAAUCAAGGGGGGAAUCCAUAUAAGGGUCUAAAACAGUCCCAAAAUCAGAGCUUAAAAAAUGGCCCCUACCGGUAGUGUCAAAAUAGCCCUACUUUAAGGAGGCCACUAUACAGUCAAUAUUUUGGGCCCUAUCCGAUUUACUGUGCAUGAACGAUUUACUUUGGGUUACAACCACUGUAAUAUUUUUUGAUAAUUAUAAACAAUUUACUUGGGA